CACGACUUGUCCCGCCAUCAUCCGCUCGGCGCUCAGUGCACAGAAUCCAACCAGCGCUGACUUUGCGGACGGAAACCCUGACCUGUCUUUUGUCCUUGAGAUAUUGCCCAGAGCCCAGUACUUCUCCACAAGUCCUACCGACAUGACCCAAAAAGACAGCGGCGCAAGUCAUGACUUGCCCGACAAGCGCGAACCAGAAAUGUGCGGUCGCAAUUCCUGCCAUCGUUUCUGCUUUGAGGAUGGCAAUUGCAGAUACAGAUGACGGUGCAUUGUACAGGAUUCAUCGUUCCCUCUUUCAACAGCACUGUCCUCAAUUCGUCGCAAAGAACCUCCAGGAAUUGUCAGAGAAAGUUAUGCUUCUUCGCGACGUGGCAAGUCGCGACUUUCAGCGGUUCCUAUCCAUGGUCUAUCCCUCCGAGAUUGGUGGGUGCGACAUACGCUCGGUGGACGAAUGGACUUCCAUUUUGCGUAUUGCUACGAGGCUCUCUAUUCCUCCUCUUUACGCGCGUGCUAUUCGCGAGAUCGAAUCGACGGCCACACCCAUCGACAAGGCCGUCAUCGCACGCGAAUUCUAUCUCGGCGAAUCCUGGCUCCUACCCGCAUUCACCGAGAUCUGUGAGGCAGAUCGGUGGCUGGACUACGAGGAUGCCAAGCGCCUGGGUCUGCGCACCGUCGUCGAGAUAGGACGUAUCAGAGAAGAGCAACGUAGCGCUCGCGAUUUCGCCGCUGCCGUGCGCGCAAGUCCAGUCCUCGGGUCUUUGGAGUACAUUCCGUCACCUUCUCUGCCUUCAACCGACACGUUGCCCGGAUACUCCGUGGCGAGCCCUCAGGGACUUACCUCGACGGACAACACAGUUACGGACCAGACUCCCUUGUCUUCGGUUGUACGUGAUGUCGAAGGCCCCGAGACGGAUCGCAUACCUUCGCGCCAGAACGAUCUUGGCAUCAUUCACGCCGGAAUAAUGGACAUUAGCAACCGGCUAGCGCAUUCCACUCUCCGGCAACUCGAGAUGGCUGAAGCAGCCAACGUGCGCGACUACUUCUAUCCCACUAUCUGCGCCCUCGAACUGGCCCAUCGCAUCGAGACCGACAAGUCACCGGCCUCCGUAAUGCAGCUCGGAUGGCGUCAGGCUCGCUUGGAACAAUUCAUACAUGCUGAACUACGUCACCAUCCGGGCCAAGAAAAGGACGUGGUCGCAUCCAACUACUCAGAGUCCAAUAGCAGCGCAUGCAUUCAGGCCGCGGAGCACCCUCUCGCUAGGAUAGCGGCAAGACAGCUCCUGCAGCGUGGGUACUGUACCUGCGGUACUUUCGAUGCAACCCCUCCGCUGACCCCCGAGCGCCUCGUUAUCCGUAAUUUUCCGUCGGCGAAGGUGAAGGAGCAAGCGGAGAUGGAGUUGCGAAAGUAUGGCCUUGUCGUGUCCGAUAUCGAGGGCGCAAACACGAUGUCGAUAUGCGUGGAAGUACCUGCCCGUCUAGCGUACUAUCUUUUGACAGCGUGAGGUUCAUGUUAGGCUAUAUCAUUUGGCAAGGAAUACGCAAUGAACCAUUCGUGCCUUCGGCGGCAUCUUCUAUGGGUCACGUUGAAUCGGUAUCGAAGCCACGUGACGGCAAAUACAGACAAACUUCGAAUUCAUAAUCGAACCGUGCC